ACACACUGAUGAGGCGGGGGAUACUGUUAAAGACACUUCAAAACUAGUACAAUCUGACACUCCAUUCCCUGUGACUCUACCGAGACGAAAGGAAUUCGAGGGGUUCUUAUUUAUGCCAGCAUCAUUAGCUGUGGCCCAUGUCUUGUAAAGGUACGUUAGGGGAGCCCAGGUGGCACCUGACUUCCCCACAGUGAGAAAUGCGUCUCACCUGGAAACGGAGAAACUUGCGCCCUGCCUGGAGCCUCACUGUCGAGCUGGGAGACCGGAUGAGCCAGUGGUGUACGGUUCGCAGCUGGGAUAUUGAAUUAUUAUUCCGUUUUGGGAUUGUAUUCAGCAGCCCAAGAGGACUCGAAGGGGUGUGAAAGAAUACGAGAGGACGUUGAUUUUAAAAAAGAAGAUUAUUUUUAUUUUACAUUUGGAACUAUGCAAAACAAGAAGUCUUAUAUUUAGCUACAGAAUUAAGAACUAAAGUAUUUGUGUUUAUCUGCAUCUGGCUGCACUGGGGUGGGGUCAAAGUGACAUCAUAAUGACUCACAGGACCAUCCACCUCUUCCGGAAGGGCCUGCGUCUCCAUGACAACCCCACGCUGCUGGGGGCCCUGGAGUCCUCGGCGGUGCUGUACCCUGUGUUCAUCCUGGACCGCGCAUUCAUGGAAGAGGCGAUGGCGCGCGGCGUCCUGCGCUGGCGCUUCAUCCUGCAGAGCCUGCAGGACCUGCAGCGCAGCCUGGCCGCCUUGGGCUCGCGGCUGUACGUGGUGGAGGGCCGCUACGAUCAGGUUCUGCGGGAGAAGGUCCGUCAGUGGGGAAUCACCCAGGUCACCUUCGACACUGAGGUGGAACCCUUUUUCACCCGCCUGGACGACGACAUCCGAGCUCUGGGCCAGGAGAUGGGCUUCAGUGUCCAGUCCUGUGUGGCACAUACCCUCUACGAUGUCCAGAGGAUCAUCAAAGCGAACGGAGGGGAGGCUCCUUUGACGUACAAGAAGUUUCUGCAUGUGCUCGCCCUCCUGGGAGCCCCCGAGACGCCCGCACGGAGGAUCACACGCGAGGACUUUCGUCAGUGCAGGACCCCCACAGAAGAAGAGAGCGAGGAGAAAUACAGAGUGCCUAGCCUGGAGGAUCUUGGGAUAGUGGUGGAGUCCGAGGCCCUGUGGGUUGGUGGGGAGACGGAAGGUCUGCAGCGACUGGAGCAGCACAUGCAAAACCAGGGAUGGAUAGAGAAUUUCACCAAACCUCGGACAAUCCCGAAUUCCCUGUUGCCGAGCACAACUGGGCUCAGUCCAUACUUCAGCCUUGGCUGUCUGUCUGUCCGCAUGUUCUACCACAGAUUGUCUAAUAUUUAUGCGCAGUCCAAGAACCACUCCCUGCCGCCAGUGUCGCUGCAGGGCCAGGUUCUGUGGAGGGAGUUCUUCUACACUGUGGCUGCAGCCACCCCCAACUUCACCAGGAUGGCCGGGAAUCCCAUCUGCCUGCAGAUAGACUGGUACAAGGACCAGGAGGCCCUGGACAGAUGGAAGACAGCCCGGACCGGUUUCCCCUGGAUCGACGCCAUCAUGACCCAGCUCAGGCAGGAGGGCUGGAUUCACCACCUGGCCCGGCACGCGGUGGCCUGCUUCCUGACCCGGGGGGACCUGUGGAUCAGCUGGGAGGAGGGCAUGAAGGUGUUUGAAGAGCACCUGCUGGACGCCGACUACAGUGUGAAUGCAGGGAACUGGAUGUGGCUCUCAGCCAGUGCCUUCUUCCACCAGUACACCCGGAUCUUCUGUCCGGUCCGUUUUGGCAGGAGGACCGACCCCGAGGGGCACUAUCUCAGGAAGUACUUGCCCGUGCUGAAGAACUUCCCUUCGCAGUACAUCUAUGAGCCCUGGACUGCCCCCCAGCAAGUGCAGCUGGAGGCUGGCUGCAUCAUCGGUAAGGACUAUCCUCUGCCCAUGGUGAACCACAGGGAGGUGAGCGAGAGCAACCUAGCGCUGAUGCGAGAAGUGCGCCGCGAGCAGGAGAAAACCGCACAGCUCACCAGAGAUACGGCAGACGACCCCAUGGAGGUCGGAAAGAAGCGGGCUUGCCAGAGGGAGGCGGAGACGGACCGGUCGGAUGCCUUCCUGGAGAAACCGGAGAGAGCCAAGCGUUUCAGCCACGCUGAGGGAGAGGCCAAGGCCCUGGCCUGCAGCUGGCCAAGCGAGACCCUCAGGCUGCCAGCCCUGGGCAGGGAGGUCAUGUGAUCACAGGGCCGCCCGCCAGUCCACUGGGGGCGGGGGUCCUGUGUGCACAAGGGAUGGACCCCCCCCCCCCGACUCCAGGACCUCACAUGCUCGUUGAGUCAUCCUGCCACUGUGAAUCUUCCCAUCAGGCAAGGGGGAAGGAGGACAGAAAGAGCGGAGUAGACAGUCAUUAUAAACUGUGCACUUCGCCCUUUUCAUAAUCCAGAAGUUGAGAAUCGGAAGACAUAGAAAUGGGUGCUCAAGCUGGAGAAGGAUGUUGUAAGAUGCAGGAGUGCCUGGCGCAAAGUCAGGUCACAUUCUCAUGUACGUGAGCAUGGAUUAGCUUCCCUCGAGGUCUCGUCUUCUUUGGUGUGAACCUUUUUGGUACGCACGUACAUGUCUAUUAAUUGUAUAUACUGAUGCACAAAAGAAAUGCAACACUCAGGUUUAAUGGAUUCAACCAGUUAUGGAAUGGAUCAAAUAUUUUACCAAAACCAAUCUCAAUAUGGAAAUAAGCGCAGGUCAGUUUUCAACAUGAAAUGUGAGACAAUGUCAAAAUGAAAAACAUUUCAGAGUUGGUAUAGGGUAUAAUCUCCCUGGAAAUAGAAACAGUCCUGGUAGCAUUAGUGCACGGAUGUAAGCAGGCUCCGGACACACUGAUGUGGGAUCUUACACCUCUUCCAAGUGUAAGUUGGCAAAGGCUGGCUGGUUGCAGUAGGUGUGAAGACUACAACAGCCAGCAGAAUUCUUGCCAUAACCUCUGUUGUCUUCUGUCUGCUCUGUUAAGGAUAAAAUGGUAUACAGGGGAAAUAAAAUACUGUACUUUCUCUUGCCACCUCAGCUGUUCUCUGGCCCACAGGAAACAAAGUACAUUGUUAGCUCUAAAUGUUAAACAUUGAAUGUCCUCCCAUGCAGAGCAUUUUCAUGCAGGCAGUGAGGCAGUAAUUCUGGCAGAGUUACAAUCAAGUCCGUUCUGUCAGGCAUCUGCUCUAAACGAGCAGCUUUCAAUUCAAGCUUCAAGUCUGUCCUAUGCACGUUCAGUUUCUCAGCUUAGAGGAAGUGCAACAGAAACUAUGCAGCAGUUUUUCAAGUUUUCAGACAUUCUUUAUUUGCAGAACAGGUGAUGUGUACCACCUGUACAGAGGUCCCUGUCCCUGUACACCAGCAGACUCAGGAAGGUGGCAACAGGAUACGGACAUUCACCAAGGCAAAACAAAAUGCUUCCACUUACAACAGGUGUGCUGAAAAAUGCCCACCUUUCAAAAAAAAAAAAAGUGAUCUACGCAACCAGAGUCUCCAGGCCUGGUUCUGGAGUGCCCCAAUCCAGGUAGUCUCCUAUGUCACCUGAGAUGAAAUCGAUCUUUAACAUAUCAAAACCAAACAGGUAAUCUGUUCAUUUAAGAGAACACUGGUCCUUGAAGGCCGACGUUCUUAAAUUUUAGUCCUAAAUUCUGUUUUAUUAAAUCGCCUUCAUAAUUGACAACAAUGGACUUGUUCUAUAUCUUCAGAAAUUGGUGAUUUAAUAGUGACAUUCAGAACCUAUUGGACUGGGGGCUUUCCAUGACCAGAGCUGCCAUUGAGGUUGAGUGAUAUCCUCAUGGCUGAUGGCUGGAGUCUUUCUGUAAAUUGGCCAUUUUUUCCAUAUUCAGUGUUUUUGUUAUUGAUAAGCUUUUGUACAUUCUUGAAUUACACUAAUAAAAUAUAUCAAUUCAA